AUGCGCGAUAAAGACGGGAAUAUCUUAAAAAAUGCUCAUGUUUUAGGUUUUCUUCGUAGAUUAUGUAAACUUCUUUUCUUUAACAUCAAACCAAUAUUUGUAUUUGAUGGUGGGGCUCCGGAAUUAAAACGGAUCACCUUGAUCAAAAGACGUAAAAGACGUUCUGGUAAAGUAAACGAAUUACAAAAAACGGCUGAAAAAAUUUUAGCUGCUCAAAUGAAAGUUCGGGCAAUUAAAGAAAUUAAUGAUGUUGAUGGAUCAAAUCCUACUAAAAUACGUCAACGCAGAAAAAAUGAUGAAUUUGAUUUGCCACCAAUUUCUGGAAGUUUAGAGUCUAUGAUGACAGAUGAUGAUUCUCGUUUAGCUACUGCAGAUGAUCUUCUAAGAUUUAUUGAAAAGUAUAAACCGGAAAAUAUUGAUACUAGUUCAGAAUUAUUUCAAUCACUUCCUUUGAGUAAACAAUAUGAAAUAAUAAGUGAACUUCGUCAAAAAAGUAGAAUAUCAACUAGAGAUCGUUAUAAAGAGUUGAUAAAAAAUCUUCUUCGUAGAAAUGAUUUAACACAAAAAAUGUUGGAUGUCUCUAAUAAUUCCAACAACAAAUUAAAUAAUUCUAUACCAAUGAGAAUAGCUUCAGAGCGUAAUAAAGAAUUCAUUUUAGUAAAAAAUAUAAAAAGUAAUGGAUAUACAAUGGUGACUAAUAAUGAUUCUAUAUCAAACAUUAAACGAAGUAAAGGAUUAGGUACUAUUGAUGAACCAUUAAAUUUGGAUGAUAAUUCAAAAGCUUAUGUUGAUGACGAAGAAUCAAUUGAAUCUGUAAUGGAAAAAUUUCAAGCUUUAGAAUCUUUAGAAUCAAAAAAGAGUACAACUCCAAUUACCAUAUCUGAUGGUUAUGAUUCAGAUAGGAAUUCUGAAGGUAAUGGUUCAGAAUAUUAUGAACCAGAAUUUUUUUAUGCUCUUUGGAUUUCACAAGUUACUAAAGAGUUUCGAAAAGAAUUUGAAAAUUAUGAAGAAUUAAUUCAUAAAGCAAUUUAUGAAUGGGAUAAUGAUGAAAUUAAAAAUCAAAAAACUUUGGCUUUCAAGAAAAAGGGUAAAAUUAGAGAAGGUGAUAAUGAAAAGGAAGCAGCUUUAAAAUUCUGGAUUAAAUUUUUACAAGCUGUAAUUCAAUUUAAAUUAAAUAUGCAACCGAAUGAAUCUGUCAAUAAUUCUCAACCCGAAAACUCUAUUACUCAAAAUGAUAAUAAUAAUAAUUAUUCACAAGUUCACUAUAUAGAUGAUAGUUCGGAUGAAAAUACUUUACCAAUAGAAUCAAAAUUAUUAGAUUCUGAUAUAAUUGAAAUAUUUGAUGACGAAAUACCCGAGAAUGAAGAAAAGUCACAAAAUGUUCCAGGUAAUGAAUAUCGUGAAAUUAAAUUAAAGAAUGUCAAUUUAGAUUCAAUGCUUUUACCUCAAACUUUUGAUUAUCAAUUACUGGAUGAAUAUAAAAUAAAACCUUCCAUUUAUUUAGAACAUUAUUCAAAGAAUUUACCCAGUUACUUUAUAUCUGAAAAUAAUACAACAAAUGAUUUAUCUUCAAAUGAAAAAUCUUCGAUGACAGAUAAUGAUCUUUCGAAUUAUAAUUCAAUUGAUGAUGAAAGAAAUAAUAAUAAAUCUUCAAACGUUGAAAAUUCUAAGAAAUUAGAAGGGGCGAACAAAUCAGAAUUAAGUGAAGAUGAAUUUAUAGAAGUUAUAAUUUCUGGAACUAAUGUCCCACCAUCAAAAUUUGAGAAUGAGGAACCUUCUGAGCAAGAAGAUUUGAUGAUUCAAACUUUAAAUAAUUUAGAUAAUUCACAGAUGGAAAUAAAUUAUCCUGAUGAAAUUCCAAGUGAAAUACGGAAUGAAAUACAGAAUGAAAUACAAAAUAAAAUACAAGAUGAAAUAAAUAAUGUGAAUGAUAUAAACAAUUUUAUUACUUCAAAUGAUGAUUAUAUAGAAUCUCAUGAAAUUGGCGAUGAGAUGGAAAUUUGUGAGGAUUUAGAAAUUUCUAAUGAAAAAGUAACUUUUAAAGAAAUAACUAAAAUGGAUAGUGAUGAAAGUGAAGAUGAAGAAAAUUCUUUAUCUGAAAAUUAUAUUUAUGAAAAUAUCGAUAAUUCAAUGUCAGAAGAAGUUUCUGAAUAUGCGAGAUUCCUAUCUGAAUUGCAAAAUAAAGAUUUAACUACCGUUCAAAAGGAAUUAACAGAUGAAAUUCAACAGUUGAAUGAAAAACAACGGAAAGAAAAACGUGACAUUGAUAUUAUUACCCAAACUAUGAUUAAUGAAUGUCAAGAACUUUUGAAAUUAUUUGGGAUUCCAUUUAUAACUGCACCAAUGGAAGCUGAAGCUCAAUGUGCAGAAUUAUUACGAUUAAAUUUGGUCGAUGGAAUUAUUACUGAUGAUUGUGAUGUAUUUUUAUUUGGAGGAACUCAAGUAUAUAAAAACUUUUUUGAUAAAAAAAAAUAUGUUGAAUGUUAUAACGCUGAAGAUUUUGAACGUGAAUUUCAAUUGGAUCGAGAGAAACUUAUUAAACUUGCAUUAUUACUUGGAAGUGAUUAUUCUGAAGGAUUACCUAAAGUAGGAAUUGUUACUGCAAUGGAAAUUUUAAAUGAAUUUUCUGAAGAAGAUGGACUUGUGAAAUUCAGAGAUUGGUGGUUAGAAGUUCAAUAUGGAACAUAUGUACCGGAAAACGAUGAAAAUGCUUUCCUUAAUCCACAUGUUGAUGACUCAGCAAUUCCGUUCCAAUGGGGUGUUCCUGAUAUAGAUGAUCUUAAAAUUUUUCUAUCGGAUAAAUUAUUAUGGUCCGAAGAUAAAGUCGAUGAAACUAUUGUGCCAGUAAUAAAAUCAAUGAUGGAACGACAGUCCGAAAAGAAUUUGACGCAAACUUCGAUUGAUAAUUUUUUCGGACGAACAAAUAAUCGUGGUACAAUGCAUAAAAGCAAAAGGAUUCAAAAUAUUGUAAAUACGUGGAAAAAUGGUGAUGCGGAAAGUAGCAAAAACUUAAAGAGAAAAAUUCCGCAAAAUUCAAUUAUUAUAGAUAGUUCAGAUAGUGAGUUAUCUUCUCUUAGUAAUGAAGAGGAAAGAAUUAAUAAAAAGUUCAGACAUAAAAAAAAAAAGUAA